GACGCAAGUAUGGACAUAAUAGCCUAUGAUGAUUACUCCAGUCCACCGCUUCAGAGAUAUUGAAAGGAAACCUGAAUACCUCCAGCCAGAAAAGUGUGUUCCACCUCCUAGCCGCGCUUCCCUGGGAACAAUGUGGUUUAUUCGAGAUGGCUGUGGUAUUGCAUGUGCUGUCGUUACCUGGAUGCUGGUGUUCUAUGCCGACUUUGUAGUCCUUCUUGUCAUGCUAGUUCCAUCGAGAGAUUAUGUUUAUAGUGUCAUCAAUGGCACACUGUUCAACACCUUGGCUUUCCUCGCUUUGGCUUCACAUUUUCGUGCUAUGCUGACAGACCCAGGUGCUGUACCCAAAGGUAAUGCCACAAAGGAAUUCAUUGAGAGUUUACAGCUAAAGCCAGGACAGGUGGUUUACAAGUGCCCAAAGUGUUGUAGCAUCAAACCUGACAGAGCACAUCACUGCAGUGUAUGCAAGAGGUGUAUUCGGAAAAUGGACCAUCACUGCCCGUGGGUCAAUAACUGUGUAGGAGAGAAUAACCAGAAGUACUUUGUACUGUUUACAAUGUAUAUAGCACUGAUUUCCCUGCAUGCUCUAAUCAUGGUGGGAUUUCACUUCUUGUAUUGCUUUGAAGAAGACUGGACAAAAUGCAGUUCCUUCUCUCCACCAACUACAGUGAUUCUUCUCAUCCUCUUGUGUUUUGAGGCUCUCCUAUUUCUCAUCUUCACCUCGGUUAUGUUUGGGACCCAAGUACACUCCAUCUGCACUGAUGAAACGGGAAUAGAACAGUUGAAAAAGGAAGAGAGAAGAUGGGCUAAAAAAACAAAAUGGAUGAACAUGAAAGCAGUAUUUGGCCAUCCGUUCUCUAUAGCAUGGCUUAGCCCAUUCGCGACACCAGACCAAGGAAAAGCAGACCCGUACCAGUAUGUGGUCUGAGGAAUUCUUGACCAGCAUUUCCGCUAAAAUAGAAACAUAUUACAGCACUACUGUUACAAAUUUUCCAUGAAUGUUUAAAACAAAAAGCAAAGCAAACUUUUUUUAUGUCUAUUGAAUGGCUGAUAAUUGCAGAGAAAAAAAAGCCCUGUAUUCCACAAUUUUAGAUGAUUCUGUAUCUCUGGCUGAAACUGCUGCUGCUUUUCUUUUUUUUUUUUUUUUUUUUUUUUCUUUUUCUGUCUUUUUUUUUUUAAUCUUGUUAACUUUACUGGCCUUUGUUUCUCUCUGCUUUCUGUAUGGCGUAACUAAUGUGAAGGGGAUCCUCUUUCUCUGUUGUGACCCCCCUCUUCUGAGUAGAUUCUCAUGCUGUCUCCUGAGUGUGGUGAGCUCUGUGGAAGACAUGUGAGUGCCAACAGCCCUACACAGACACCUCUGGACUUCCUGAAGGAGCACAUUGCUCUUUUGUAAGUGAACUUGAACGAGGAAGCAGACACUUCACUUACCAAAAGGUGCAAGACAAGAACGUGACACAGCAAGAGAGCCAGUUGACCUGGUGAUCGCAUACAGUUAAAGUACUUAAAACAAACGUUGCCAACGCCAGUUCUUACCCCAGCCUCCUUUU